AUGGCGUCUACAAAACUCUGGGGUGGCCGUUUUACCGGCAAGGUCGACCCCCUCAUGACCGUCUACAACGAAUCCAUCCACUACGACAAGCGCAUGCACACCGCCGACACCCUCGGCUCCACCGCCUACGCCAAAGCCCUGCACCACCGCGGCAUCAUCAACGCGCACGAGUGCGCCGAAAUCAUCCGCGGUCUCGCACUCGUCGAGCAAGAAUGGCUCUCCGGGACGUUCGUGAUCGCGUCCGACGGCACGGACGAGGACAUCCACACGGCCAACGAGCGCCGCCUCGGCGAGCUCAUUGGGCGCGAGAUCGCCGGCAAGCUGCACACGGGGCGCAGCAGGAACGACCAGGUAGCCACCGACAUGCGCAUCUGGCUGCGCGCGGCGCUCGACGAGAUUGAGGGCGCGCUGGUCGAGCUUGUGAAGGCGCAUGUGGGCCGCGCCGAGAUGGAGAUGGAUGUGUUGAUGCCCGGGUAUACGCAUCUGCAGCGGGCGCAGCCCAUCCGGUGGAGUCACUGGGUGAUGGGCCAGGCGAGCUACUUUGCCAGCGACCUGGAGAGGCUCAGGCAGGUGCGGAAGCGGGUCAACCAGUGUCCGCUUGGGUGCGGCGCGCUGGCGGGUAACCCGUUUGAGGUUGACCGCGAGUUUCUGGCGAAGGAGCUUGGGUUCGAGGGCGUGAUUGGGAACAGCAUGGUUGGUGUUGCGGACCGCGACUUUGUGGUUGAGACCAUGAUGUGGGGCGGGCUGCUCAUGGGGCACAUCAGCAGGUGGGCCGAGGACCUCAUCAUCUACUCGACGCAGGAGUUUGGCUUCGUCAAGCUCGCCGACGCGUACUCGACCGGCAGCUCGCUGAUGCCGCAGAAGAAGAACCCCGACUCGCUCGAGCUGCUGCGCGGAAAGAGCGGCCGUGUGUUUGGGCAGAUGGCCGGCUUCAUGUACACGCUCAAGGGGCUGCCCAGCACAUACAACAAGGACCUCCAGGAGGACAAGGAGCCACUGUUUGACUGCACCCGCACGCUGCUCGACUCCAUCCAGAUCGCCACGGGCGUGCUCUCGACCCUCGCCAUCAACCCGGAGAAGAUGCGUGGUGCCCUCACCAUGGACAUGCUCGCCACCGAUCUGGCCGACUACCUCGUCCGCAAGGGUGUCCCCUUCCGCGAGACCCACCAUGUCUCUGGUGCGGCUGUCAGGAUGGCGGAGGAUCUUCACCUGAACGGUAUUGACGAGCUGGGCCUUGAGAGGCUCAAGGGCCUCAGGGGCGAGUUCGAGGAGGAUGUCGCCAUGGUGUUUGAUUUCGAGACGAGCGUGGAGAGGAGGGCGGCCAUUGGCGGUACGGCGAGGAAGUGUGUGUUGGCGCAGAUUGAGGAGGUGAAGAAGGUCAUUGGGUAG